AUGCAGACAGUCUAUUCUCAUGGCCAACCUCGGCUCCGUCCAGUCUGGGGGGAAUCUCCCCAGCCCUCCUCACGACCUCCCUCCGCCUCUCCAACACCCGCUACCACCGAUCUCUCAUACCUGGGCGCCCAAAUGGAAGAUGGCACCUGGCGCUGCACAUUCCCCAGCUGCAACUCCAAGAAUUCCUACGAGCGAGUCUGUGAUCUCCGCAAACACUACAAGCGCCACUCUCGACAUCUCUUCUGCCGACACAACGGCUGCCCGAAAUCAAUAUCCAGCGGGUUUUCAAGCAGAAAAGAUCGUGCGCGACACGAGGCGCGGCAUAACCCUACCAUCACUUGCGAAUGGGAAGGGUGUCCUCGACUCUUCAGUCGCAUGGACAAUAUGCGCGACCAUUACCGGCGGGUUCAUCAGAAACAAAGUCGGGCGCGAAAAUAA